GUCUGCUAAAUUCAUUUGCUCAGGCGCGGUUUUGAAGAGUCGCGUGGUCUUUGCGUUUUUGGUUACAAGUUGUUCCUAAUACGCCCAAACAUGGUUGUCAAUACGUUUAUGAUUGAACUUUCUUGCCCCAACUUGAAUGUCAAUAAUCCUGACAGUUCUUCCAAAGUUAUAGAAAAAGUAUUAAAUGAGUAUUCUUUGACGAAAAAUUCAGUUUCUCUUUUGAACGAUGGCUUUGCAAUGGUAUUCUCUUCAGAGACUAGCUGUUCAGCUUUCGUUCGUGCCUAUCCAGAUGGACUUUUAACAAUAGACAUACACGAAAGAGUUGUGUCGGGCGAGAACAAUAGGUUUUCUAACGAUAUUCUAUCUCACAUUGAGAAUAAGAUGAAAAGUGAGGGAGCUAGUAGAACAUUGAGCUUAACAACACCAGUUAAGAGAGGAACAAAAUUUAAUUGUUACUUUCCAACAACAGUUGGUUUGCUAAUUGAGUAUGAUUUUGAUGAGUUAGUCUUUGAAGAACAAACACCUUUCCAAAACGUUAAAAUAUAUCAUUCACCUCAGUUUGGCAAUAUGCUGAUAUUGGACGACGAUCCUAAUUUGGCCGAAAGCGACAUAAUCUAUACAAGAACUAUUUGCGGUUCUGGAAGAGAGAACUUUAAAGAUAAAAAUAUUCUUAUACUUGGAGGAGGAGAUGGUGGUAUUCUAAAUGAGUUGCUUAAACAGAAUCCUGCUUAUGUAACUAUGGUUGAAAUCGAUCAGGUCGUUAUUGAUGCCUCCGUAAAAUAUUUGAGAGGAAUAUGCGAUAGCGCAAUGGAUAAAUUGGAAGGUGAUAACUAUAAGGUCAUAGUCGAGGACUGCGUACCUUGGCUGGAAAAAUUUAUAAAAGAAGGAAAGAAAUUUGAUUACGUAAUAAACGAUUUAACUGCCAUACCAGUUACUCCAGAACCAGUUGGUGAAAUGUGGGAAUUCAUGAGAAAAAUAUUAAACUUAUCGAUAAGCGUUUUGUCAGAUAACGGCAAAUAUUUCACCCAAGGAAAUGGUUUAAAUGCUCAAUCAGCACUUAAAAUGUAUGAAAAGCAAUUGAACCUGCUUGAAACACGGGUGGAAUAUAGUAAGGAAAAGGUAUUUGUACCAUCCUACCUCGAAUGUUGGGUUUUCUAUGAAGUUUGGAAAAAGUUAUAA